GGGCUGUGAUCCCAUGGGGACAGGCAGCAAAUGCAGGAGGAGCCGUGAUCUCAGCUGGGACAGUGGGUGCCAAAGGUGGCAGCUCCAGGGGUGCAGGCAAGGAGAUACAGGGGUUGUGCGGACAUGUCGAAGCAGGCAAAGCUUAUGGAGGUGCUGAAGAAGGAGGUGAGAUCGCUGCUAGUGGCUGCCAAAGAGGGCUUAACCCCAGCGCAACUGGAGCAGGAGUACAUGGCCAUGAUCGGCAAACCUCUCCCUCUACGUGACCUGGGUUUCCAAUCCACCUUGGAGCUGGUGGCAGAUAUGCCUGAAGUUGUCAGAGUCUGUCCUUAUGAGCAAGGCACUUUCAUCCUCAAAGCCAUUGCAGAUGAGACCACCAAAGCUAUUGCCAAACUGGUUGCCAGACAGAGGAGAAGUGCUAGGGUACGGAAGAGUGCUGCUGCAAAGGUAGAUGCUGCUUCUCCCUCUAAGAAUCUACAGAGUUUCCCUCAGAGGGGCAGGGCUCCGGUCCUGCCAGCGACGGUGAAGGCUGAACUGCAGGAUCUGCUGAGUUCCUCACCGCUUCUGCUCUUGGACUUUGAUAAGGCCUUCUUCAGCCGCUUUGGCCGGGCGUUCCAGUACACGCAAUAUGGAUUUUUCUCCAUGUUUGAAGUCCUCAAAAGCGUGUCUGAUAUCAUCGCAGUUGAGCAGACAAAAGCAGGUUCCUUGCUGACCCUGAAGAAGUACCUGGCAAGCGAGACAGAGAAGGAAGAGAUGCCGCAAGGUGAGGUGCAGGAAGAGAUGCCGCAAGAUGAGACCCAGGAAGAGAUGGUGCAGGAAGAGAUGCCGCAAGCAGCACCUGCAGUUGAGAUGCCUCCUUUGGAACCCAGCUGUGAGACAGAGAGCUUCCACCUGAUAGCAGAAGAGAAGUCAGAGCCAGUGGAAACACAAGCAGUAGAUUUGGGUGAUGGCCUCAAACAACCUCAAGAUUUGGAGCAGUCCCUACUAGACAAGUUGAUAAUGACUCCAGAAAUCCCCCCAGAUGCUGUUCAGGACAGAAGCCUUUGCAGUUUACCACCACUGGAGAGAAGGUGCUUGGUGGGAGUCUUUGUGGAAUUCAUCAUCUCUCCUAGCCAGUUCUACAUCCACAUCUGCAGCAGGGAAACAUCUGAUAAACUCCAGGAUAUGAUGAUUGAGAUGAGACACUGUUACUCAAAUAAAAUUGUUUCUGAUCGUUAUAUCAUGCCUGAGUCUUCAGUACAGCCUGGACAGCUUUGCUGUGUAAUGGUCUCGAAAUGGUGGUACCGUGUUAUCAUCCACCGUGUGAUCAGUGACCAAGAAGUAGAGGUGUUCUACCCAGAUUAUGGAAACCUUGAAAUUGUCCGAAAGUCUUGCCUGAGAUUCCUCAAGUGGUGCUACUUGAAGCUCCCUGCUCAGGCCAUCCCAUGUUCCUUGGCAUGGGUAAAACCUGUGGAGGGUACGUGGUCCAAUGCAGCAACUCUCCUAUUCAAGCAGCUGUGUGGCUCCAAGCUACUUGUGGGCAUCGUGGAUGAAUAUGUGAAUGGCAUUUUGCAUCUCUUCCUGUGUGACACAUCCACCAAGGAGGAUGUCUACUUCCACUGUGUCUUGAGGGAUGGGGGAUGUGCUGACGUCUGUGGAGAGAACAUUCCUUCCCAGGGAUUCAAGGAACUGAAUCCUUCAGCCUUGUAUGUUCAGCCCAGUGGAAAGCAGGAGAAUGCUGAACUGGUGGAGCCAGACCUUCACUUGCAGCAGGAAUCUCUAGAUCCAGAUAGUGAAACAGCAACCUCACAGCUGGACGGGGAUGAACUGUGUGACCAGCAGCGGCACCUGCCUGCUACGAAGGAGACAUGGGAUGAUGUGCGGCCACUUUUGGAUGAAGUGAGUGUCCUGAGAACAACAGACCAAGACCCUGAACUUGCACAGGAGGAUACAAAUGAAACUCCUACAGAGCUUAUGGCAGUGGUUAAGACACCUCAUUCUCUUGGAGAGUCCUCAAUGCCUGCUGUCUUAUUCAAGUCAGUGGAAGACUUUUGCACCUCCUUUAUCCACUCCAAGCAACCAGCAGAAAUGAGCCAAGAUGACCCUGAUCAGAUAGAAAGAUUUUCCAACAAGGCCCAACUUCGUGAAGCUGUACAUCCCUCUGUUCUACUUAUGGCAAUACCGUUUAUGCCGGACAACCCUAACAAUGAAGAGAAAAUGAAGAACAAAGACCUUCCCAGGAGUCUUGCAGUUGGCCUGUGCAGUGCCAGGGGGCUGUCUGACCAAGGGCCGUCUCAGAAACUGUAUGUCCCUCCUACCACGCUGUCUGCGGUGUUAGCAGCUGCACGCUUAGCCACUUCCAGUGACUACUUCCAGUGGCUCCCCAGCCUGAGAAGAAAGGUGUGAGAAGAGCGGAGAAGCUGGAGCAGCUGCCAAGGAAGGCUGCCUAGCGCAGCAAAGGCCCUCUGUAUGACCGUGCUGUCAUUUUCUUUGUUCAGAAUCGUUUAAUCCCUUGAAAAACUUGGAGUCUGACAUCUUCUCAGAUGUGCCCAGUACGUGUGAUGAAUGUUACUUUUACUUUCAGGAAAAUAGUUUGGGUUUGUUGUACUGGUGUUGUACUGAUUUAUUGCUCUUUAAUGUAAUUGUUCAGGAGAACG